GCAUUCACGAGACUGGUUGGGGGAAUGCUCCCUGUUUAGACGUCACAAGCUGGGUAAAUUAACUAUCAAUGUGGAAUAAACGAAGCUUAUUACAGACACAGUAGCCAUACACAUUAUACUUAUCUGUAACUGCGUGGGCAGAAGUGUGGGGUGAGCACAGAGUGAGACGUACUGCGCAAUUACCACUGACUCAUUCUUCAUCAAGAUCACAAUGAGGUUCGUUGCAAUUCUGUGGAGUCUAUUUUUGUAUGUUGCUCCUCUCGAUUCAAAUAGUCUAGGGAAUGAAGUGUGCUACAAAAUUGUGAAAAUCAGGAUAACCAGGCUUGACUGCUCAGUAUCCACAAGUCCACCCAAACCACUGCCAAAGAGAAGGAAACGUGAACAACCAUGGGGCUCUGUAAUAUCCAGAACCGACAAAACACUUCCAAAAGCCCAACAACCAACCUCUGAAAUGCCAACAACUCAACCACCAUGCAAGUAUGUCACAGAACGAAAAUUUCUUCGCAUUCCAAUUCACAGCAAAGCCAUCGAUCCCAGAGUACAUCAAUUUCAUUCUCCUGAUUUUCCUCAUCUGCCAAACAUGAAAAUUAAAUGUGAAUGGGAUGUUACAGGCAUCCAUGGCAAGAAAUAUUAUGUUUCCAUCAUAAACCAGUAUCUGAACCCUUCAUUAAGCAGUAUGGCCAACUGUUUGUGGAUCAAAGGCAAAGGAAGAAUGUGUAAUGGCAACUUCAUCUCUGUUGUCACCCAUUCUAACAGGCUACUUAUGAGAAUGACUAUUGAUCCUGCUGAAACAGAAGGAGUGGAAGGAGGCGUGAAUGGUUUUUACCUUGAGUAUGAUGAUACUGCACCAAAUGGAGGCAUUCCUUCAGGAUCAGUCACAGAAUAUACAGAUGGAAACAAUCAAACUCAUCAAGUUUUAAUAUGUAAUUCAACACAUCAAGGACCUGAUAGAGUACAAACCUAUGGUGUUACCAGACCCAAGAGGUCUGUUAGAUUAAAUGGUCGCAAUUCCAGAACUCGGUGGUCCCAAUCCAUCCCUAACUACAAACAAGACCACAAGUUUAUUGAACAGUUAUUUAAAACUCACCCAGUUAGAGAACAAAAUAGGCCAAGAAACAAUCCUCCACAAGAAGAGACUGCAACAACAGCAAGUGCAACAACAGCAAGUGCAACAAUAGCAAGUGCAACACAAGCAAGUGCAACACAAGCAAGUUCAACACAAGCAAGUCCAGCACAAGAUAUCUACACAACUAAAGCAGAAGCUUCCACCAAGAAGCAUAUGCAGGAAUUAUAUGAAGAAGAAGAUGUGUGUGAAAGGGAGCCUCCUCAAAUGGCAACUGUUUCAAUCAAUCAAAAAACCAAUUCGUUUCAUAAGCGCUAUUUCUACAAUACCAGCAGUGGAGAUUGUGAAGAGAUGACAGUCACAGUGGCCAAACAUAACCACAAUACAAAGGAAAACAGUUUCCAGAAUGUAACUCACUGUCAAAGAACCUGCAUGAAUGUCUGCUUGCUGCCAAUGGAUGAAGGAACUGGAAACAAUUCUCAUACAAAAUUUUACUACCACAAUAGAGCUUGCAGUAAUUUCAACUACAAAGGGAAUGGAGGAAAUGCUAACAGAUUCAACACCAAGACAGAGUGUAAACGUCAAUGUGAAAUACACAGCCCGACAAUAGUUGCUCUCAAGGCCAUAAAGGAUGUCAUCAAAAAUCCUGCAAAUGCAGCUCAUUAUAAACUUAACCCAAAGGUGGGAUGCCUAAUCCAACAUCUUGCAAAUGUUGAUUGAAGAAUAUUGUGUGAAGAAACAUCAUAAAUUAGACAGUUUUCAUUCUCUUCUUUCUGUAGUACACGUACAGUACAGUACAGUACAUAGCAAAUGUUGUAUGUUCCAACAGUAUAACAUUAUGUAAAGGAAUCGAAUUUUUGCUUUUAGGUGUCUUGCCGCAGUGCUAGUUUGCUUGUUAAGUGUACUUGUACCAAAACAAUCAAGCAAGUAUAGUGUGAUGAUGAUCA